AUGCAGAGGGACCGAGGCGUCUCGGCGGCCGCUGGGGGCGCCGGUGAGAGGAAGCGGAUAGGCGAGGCGAUGGACAGGUCCUCCCCGUCGACGUCCUGGGGGUUCUCCGGCGGACGCGAGAGGGACCGGAUCGCCGCCGGCAAGCAGCCGGAGGUGCCCCGCUCCGGCGGCGGAUCCACCGCCAUGUCCAAGGGCAAGUUGUCCGAUGGAGAAUCGGAUACUGACAGUGAAGAAUCAGAUCUCAGUGGUUCUGAUGGAGAAGAUACAUCGUGGAUUUCAUGGUUCUGUAGCUUGCGAGGCAAUGAGUUUUUCUGUGAAGUUGAUGACGAUUACAUACAAGACGAUUUCAAUCUCUGUGGGCUAAGCGGUCAAGUUCCAUAUUAUGAAUAUGCUCUUGAUCUGAUAUUGGAUGUCGAGUCUUCACAUGGUGAUAUGUUCACAGAAGAGCAGAAUGAACUUAUUGAAUCAGCUGCUGAGAUGCUUUAUGGAUUGAUUCAUGUUCGAUAUAUUCUUACAAGUAAAGGAUUGGCUGCAAUGUUGGAUAAAUACAAGAAUUAUGACUUUGGCAGAUGUCCAAGAGUGCACUGCAGCGGCCAGCCAUGCCUUCCAGUUGGCCAGUCGGACAUUCCUCGUUCUAGUAAUGUGAAAAUUUACUGCCCAAAGUGUGAAGAUCUCUACUAUCCGAGAUCCAAAUAUCAAAGCACCCCAGAAACCGUCACAGCAGUACGUCCCCAAGGUUUUUGGCUUCAAACUUCAUAA